UCAUUAGAGAAUUAACAAAGUUUUGAAGCAGAGGAGGAAUGUUCAAUGUUAGAAAAAUAGGACCAAAAGUCAACAUCACUUUUAACAAAAAAAAAAAAAAAAAAAAAAACGAGUACAACUGUAACAUUUACUUCGACUUUAUCUACGAGAGGAUUGAGCAAGUGGGAUGCAAUUGACUAAAGAUGCAUCACAAACCAACACAAAUCAUAGCUCAUAGUUAUAAUAUAUAAGACUAAUCAUUUCCUUUUCUCUUAGAGUUGUUUAGUUUUAGACUAUAAUAAUAAGAGAUGAGAGAAUGUGAUGCUAGUAACUCUUAUUUAAAUGAGGAAUAUAAACAAGAUCUGGUCCUGACAUUGUUAUGAAUCUUCAAAUUCAGGACACAAACUAAGAUCUCUAGUAGAAGAGAAGAAACAUUUCCUCCAUGUUUAAGUUUUGAGAUUCUGGAGAGUUUCAAGUCCUGUGGAGAAAAAUGUCACCAUUGAUGAAGUUCUUUCUCUUUCUCUAUGAUUAUCUUUCACCUUCCUCUUGGUUUCUGGUCCAAAGACACAACUUAGCAGCAUUAUCAGAUACUACAGAUGAUGUUGUGAGAAGUGGCAUAAUUGGAGAGAUUAUAUACAUUUGGAAGCAGACAAGAAUCUUUGUCUUUAUACCAAUCUUGAAAUGUUUAGUGACAAUAUGUUUGGUCAUGUCCCUUUUGUUGUUCAUAGAAAGAGUUUAUAUGAGCAUAGUUGUAGUGUUUGUGAAAUUACUUAGAAGAACACCUGAGAAAGUACACAAAUGGGAAGCUAUAAACGACGAUGAUCUUGAGCUGGCCAACACAAACUACCCAAUGGUUCUCAUUCAGAUCCCAAUGUACAAUGAAAAAGAGGUUUGUCAGUUGUCUAUAGGAGCAGCAUGUAGACUUUCUUGGCCAUUGGAUCGAAUGAUAAUUCAAGUUCUUGAUGAUUCCACAGAUCCAGCUAGUAAGGAAUUGGUGAAUGCGGAAUGCGAUAAAUGGGCGAGAAAAGGUAUAAACAUAAUGUCAGAGAUUCGAGACAACAGAAUCGGAUACAAAGCAGGAGCAUUAAAGGCAGGAAUGAUGCACAACUAUGUGAAACAAUGCGAGUUUGUCGCCAUUUUCGAUGCUGAUUUUCAGCCUGAUCCUGACUUUCUUGAACGAACCAUUCCUUUUCUUAUUCACAACCAUGAAAUCUCUCUGGUCCAAUGCCGUUGGAAGUUUGUGAAUGCAAACGAGUGCUUAAUGACAAGAAUGCAAGAGAUGUCACUAAACUACCAUUUUGUGGCUGAGCAAGAAUCUGGAUCGUCAAUCCAUGCUUUCUUUGGAUUCAAUGGAACCGCAGGUGUUUGGAGAAUCGCAGCUUUAAACGAAGCUGGAGGAUGGAAAGAUCGAACAACCGUAGAAGACAUGGAUUUAGCUGUAAGAGCUUGUCUUCAUGGUUGGAAAUUUGUCUAUGUCCAUGACGUCGAGGUGAAAAAUGAAUUGCCAAGUACAUUCAAAGCAUACCGGUUUCAGCAACAUAGAUGGUCUUGUGGACCAGCUAAUUUGUGGAGGAAGAUGACAAUGGAAAUCUUACAGAACAAGAAAGUGUCGGCGUGGAAGAAAUUGUAUCUCAUAUACAAUUUCUUCUUCAUAAGGAAGAUUGUAGUACACAUCUUCACAUUUGUCUUCUACUGUCUGAUUUUACCAACAACUGUGCUAUUCCCUGAGCUCCAAGUUCCUAAAUGGGCAACUGUUUAUUUUCCUACUACAAUCACUAUCCUUAACGCAAUCGCAACACCUCGAUCACUCCAUCUUCUAGUCUUUUGGAUCUUAUUCGAGAAUGUAAUGUCGAUGCAUCGCACAAAAGCGACUUUCAUCGGUUUACUAGAGGCAGGACGGGUUAACGAAUGGGUUGUUACUGAAAAAUUAGGUGACACCCUCAAGUCUAAGUUAAUAGCUACAACUAAGCUUUAUACCAGAUUUGGACAAAGAAUCAACUGGAGAGAACUCGUUGUUGGAUUAUAUAUAUUCUUCUGCGGAUGCUACGAUUUCGCGUAUGGAGGAUCAUACUUCUAUGUCUAUCUGUUUUUACAGUCUUGUGCAUUUUUUGUUGCUGGAGUUGGUUAUAUUGGCACAUUUGUUCCAUCUGUUUAGAUUAGACUUUUGUAUUUGAGAGCAAAUGUGUUUUUGCUAUUGAUUAGACCCAAUUAGAGAUUGGAUCUUGGUUAAACCAAGUUAACUCUUCCAAUAUUCAUACUCAAAAGUGUAUUUCUUAUGUUGUUAUAAUCCAAAAACGUGCUUAUC